AUGGACGAGCACGGCGUGUGCGUGGUCACGGCUGCCGCUCGGGGAUGCGCGCUGCUCGCGGCGCUGGUCGUCUUCUUGGCGGCGGCGGAGGCACAGCAGUACCAGCACCGCGGCGUGGAGCGAGCAGAGGACCUGGACUUCGUCCUCAACAUCGAAGAUGAGGACAAGAAGCAGUACUUGGAUCAGAACAUCAACAAAAAAACGUACGACUUCGGGUACGAGAUCGGCCCCAACGGCCAGUUCCACCACGAGGACAAGGGCCCCGACGGCAUCGUCUACGGCUGCUACGGGUACAUCGACCCGUUCGGCAAGCUGACCGUCACCCACUACCUGUCGGACGGCUGGGGCUACCGCACCGUCACGCCCGGCCAGCCCGUGGAGCUGUUCCUGCAUGAGCACGACCCCAGCCACCACCACCACGAGGACCACGGCGACCACCAGGACCACAACAACCACCACGAGCACCACGGCGUCGUCACCCCGUACGACCAGCUGCACUUCCCCCAGGGCUGCGGCUCCAAGGGCGGCUCGCGGCCCUCGUCGUCGGCGUCCGGCUCGUCCAGCUUGGGCACGCCGUCGCAGAAGCCGCAGCGGCCGCAGGGAGUGCCGUCCCCCGUCGACAACAACCAGAUCGAAGAGGGCCCGUCGCAGGGUCCGUUUGGACAGCGACCACCUUCAGGACCCAGCGGCCCACAAGGCCCUUCGCAAGGUCCGUUUGGACAGCAACCGCCCUCAGGACCCAGCGGCCCGCAAGGCCCCUCGCAAGGUCCAUUUGGACAGCAACCGCCUUUAGGACCCAGCGGCCCACAAGGCCCAUCGCAAGGUCCGCUUGGCCCCAAUGGUCCUGACGGUCCCAACGGGCCUUACUACCCUGAUAGUCCGAACGGACCCAACGGGCCAAACGGCGUAAGUGGUCCGAUCGGCCCAAGCGGUCCGAACGGACCCAACGGUCCUAACGGACCUAACGGUCCCUUUGGGCCAAACGGCCCUAACGGCCCUUUCGGGCCUAAUGGUCCUAACGGGCCCAACGGUCCUAAUGGACCAAACGGGCCCAACGGUCCUAAUGGACCAAACGGACCCGACGGUCCUAACGGUCCAAACGGCCCUGACGGUCCCACCGGUCCUACCGGGCCCAACGGACCCAACGGACCCAACGGACCCAACGGUCCCAACGGCCCCAACGGCCCCAACGGUCCUAACGGCCCAGACAGUCCGAACGGCUCACCUGAUCAAGGAUUUGGAUCUCAACAACCAUCUGGACCAUCUGGACCAUCAGGGCCAGACGAGCAGCAGCCCAUUCCAGACGCCGGAAACUACGGACAGCGGCCAAGUCCAAGGCCACCCCGCCCGGGCUUCCCCCAGCGCCCUGUCACUCCGAGCCCUGACAGCCAGGUGUCCUGCGGGCCAGGAACAGGAUACGCUUGUGGCUCACAGGGCUCCACGCCAGCUGGACCCAGCCGGCCGACCCGCCCUGGCUACCCCGGCCAGUCGUCGCAGUCACCAGGAGGCUAUCCCUCGAGGCCUGGCUACCCAACUACGCCCUCGUCGGGAUCUUCCGGACCGUCGUGUGGGCGUCCAGGCACUCCCGGUUGCGGCCAGCCCGCCUCCUCGAGGCCACCAGGAUCGGGAUCGCCGUUCGGACCCUUCACCACGCCGAAGCCGCAGCCCGGCUACCCGUCCGAGCCCACGCAGCCAGGAGGAUUUACCUCGGGACCGUCGUGUGGGCGACCAGGCACUCCUGGCUGCGGCCAGCCUUCGUCGUCGAGGCCGCCAGGUUCACCUUUCGGGCCUUUCACGACGCCGCAGCCGCAGCCCAGCUACGAGACUGGCUCCACUCCUUCCGUAGGGGGAUACCCUUCGAGCCCCUCACCCUUCGGACCGUCCACGCCGUCGCCAAGCACCUUCCCCAGCAGCCCGUCCACGCCCUACCCAUCCUCGCCCAGUCAGCCAUCUUCCCCUGGCAGACCGUCAACGGGGUCUCCGUUCCAACCAUCUUCUCCGUCCUCUCCCUUCCCUGGUUCACCUUCAAGGCCACCGGCUGGUUACCCUAGUGGACCGUCUUCUCCUUCCGGAUACCCUUCCCAGCCCUCUGCGCCCUCCUCGCCCGCCCCGAGCUCUCCACCUCGCCCAUCCUUCCCCAGCACUCGGCCACCCGCAGGUUAUCCAACUGGUCCUUCGUCCCCUUCUGGAUACCCGUCACAGCCUUCGCAACCUUCGUCUCCUUCUGGAUACCCAUCGCAGCCUUCGCAACCUUCAACCCCUUCUGGAUACCCGUCACGGCCUUCGCAACCUUCAUCUCCUUCAGGAUACCCUUCGCAGCCUUCUCAACCCUCAUCUCCUUCUGGAUACCCUUCGCAACCCUCGCAACCUUCAUCCCCUUCAGGAUACCCUUCGCAACCAUCGGAGCCUUCGUCUCCAGCCCCCAGCUCCCCGUCCCGUCCCUCUGGGUACCCUUCGCAGCCCUCUGCUCCCUCGUCACCCUUUGCAGGCUCUCCUUCGAGGCCACCGGCAGGAUACCCCAGUGGCCCUUCGAGUCCAUCGGGAUACCCUUCGCAGCCAUCUGGGCCUUCCUCCCCGUCCCGUCCCCAGCCAGGAUACCCGUCAACACCGUCAGGAUAUCCUUCGCAGCCCUCCGCGCCGUCAUCGCCAUUCUCACCCUCAAGCCCCUCAGGCAGUUACCCCAGUGGGCCCUCCACAGCUGCUCCGAGUUACCCGUCGAGGCCUUCCGGCCCCUCAUCGCCGUUCCCUGGCUCGCCGUCGAAGCCUCCCGCAGGUUACCCCAGUGGCCCUUCCACUCCAUCGGGAUCCCCCUCUCAGCCAUCUGCGCCUUCGUCUCCAUUCCCUGGCUCUCCAUCCCGGCCCGCGUCUGGUUAUCCUUCCACUCCAUCGGGAUAUCCUUCACGACCUUCAACGGCCUCACCAUUCCGUCCAGGAUCGCAGGAAAAGCCUUCAAGUCCCAGUGGCUAUCCAUCUACUCCAAGUCCAUUCCAGCCAAGCUCACCCCAGCCUUCUUCGCCCUCAGGAUAUCCGUCUCAGCCAUCUUCCCCGUCUGGAUAUCCUUCCCAGCCUUCUUCACCCUCUGGUUAUCCUUCUCAGCCAUCUUCACCUUCUGGUUAUCCUUCUCAGCCAUCUUCACCUUCUGGUUAUCCUUCUCAGCCUUCCUCACCCUCUGGUUAUCCUUCUCAGCCUUCUUCACCUUCCUCUCAGCCUUCUUCACCUUCUGGUUAUCCUUCUCAGCCUUCUUCACCUUCUGGUUAUCCUUCUCAGCCUUCUUCUCCUUCUGGUUACCCUUCGCAGCCUUCAUCACCCUCUGGUUACCCAUCAAAACCGUCAUCCCCAUCUGGAUAUCCCUCACAGCCUUCUUCGCCAUCUGGGUAUCCCUCACAGCCUUCGUCAUCUGGUUAUCCUUCGCAACCCUCUUCACCCUCAGGAUAUCCGUCGCAACCUUCUUCGCCAUCUGGAUAUCCUUCACAACCUUCUUCGCCAUCUGGUUACCCAUCACAACCCUCUUCACCAUCCGGGUAUCCAUCCCCACCAUCCUCUGGAUUCCCGUCUCAAGAGAAGCCAGGCUAUCCUAGCAGGCCUUCCUCCUCGUCACCAUUCGGACCCAGCACGCCGACCCGGCCGUCCACCCGGCCACCCACUGGGUACCCAAGCUCCCGGCCGACGUCGCCACCGUCGUACCCGAGCCCUGCGCAGCCGUCACGGCCAUCUGGCGGGUACCCAAGCGAGUCGCCAUCGCCGUCCUCCACGCCAUCACCCUUCGGCACCUCUCCCCCACAAGGACCAAGCGCGUCCUGCGGGCAGACUCCAUUCAGCCGACCCUGUCCGGGCCAGGAACGACCAUCGGGCCCCUCGGCGCCCUCAAGCCCCUCUCAGCCGGCGUCAGGCUAUCCGUCAUCGCCGUCGCCGCAGCCGUCUGGGUGCGGAGGGGCUGGCGGCUACAACUGUAGGCCGUCGACAGCCGCCCCGGCAGCACCAAGCCAGUACCCAACUCGUCCUUCUUGCGGCGCGUCUGGCUCUUGCGGUUCAUCUCCAGCCAGCAACCCGUUCACCACGCCGUCCAGGCCCACGGGGUACCCGUCGCGCCCGUCUGGAUACCCGUCAACGCCACAGCCCAGUGGGCAGUACCCGUCUGGCCCCGACAGCCCGGCCUCGGGGUACCCCUCGUCGCCGUCGUCUCCAAGCGGUGGAUCCACCUACCCGUCAAGCCCCGCACCGGGGUACCCGUCGAGCCCGGCCAAACCCAGCUCGCAGUCACCGUUCCAGCCCGGUUCCUUCCCUUCGUCGCCGGCAACGAGGCCGCCAUCCAGGCCCACGGGAUACCCUAGCGGCCCGUCGUCGUUCACGAAGCCCGCCCCCGGCAGCCCUGGGUUCUCCAGCCGACCACCGCAGUACCCGUCGUCUACCCCCGCUCCUGGCGAGCAGCCUGAGCCCGUGCCAGAGUCCCCGGCCUCGCCACCCAGGCCGUUCUUCACGACUCAGAGACCGUCGACAAGGCCGCCCAGCACAGGAGACGGCUGCGGUGACUCCUCUGGCUUCGGCCCCGCCGCCGGUCCCGGCUGCGGUCCCACGGGCGCGCCGUUCCGGCCGUCAAAGCCCUCUGGUUUCACCCGGCCGCCCGCCUCCCCCAGCUCCACCUACCCAGACUACUCGCAGUCAGGCUACCCCGACGGCAGGCCGCCCGCAGGCUCACCCGGUUUCGCGGAGGUGCCCCAGCCCUCGUCUCAGCCGUUGCCUCAGCCCUCGCCCCAGCCCUCGCCCCAGCCCUCGCGGCCGCAGUCGCCCCCCAGCAGCCGGCCGCCGCAGAGGCCCUCCUACCGGCCCACCACCGCGUCGCCCUUCACCACGGCCUCGCCGUUCACGGGCUACCCGUCGUCCUCGCCCGCCCCGCAGCCCGCCUACACCAGCCCGUCGGGGUACCCGCAGCCCGCCACCCCGUCCAGCGUGUACCCGGCGUCCGAGACCAGCGAGCCCACGCAAGCCCCCAUUGCCCCCUCGGGACCGUCUGACGGCUCGUACCCCGGAGAGGGCCAGGGCCCCGAGGCCCCCGCCGAGUCGGUGUACCCGGCAGGCCCCACCUUCGGCCAGCCCGACAGCCAGGUCAGCUACAAGCCCAGCUUCCCCAGCACGCCGAGCGAGCCCGCCGGUGGCGGACCGGACAGCCAGGUCAGCUACAAGCCAAGCUACCCCAGCACGCCGAGCCAGCCUGCCAGCAGCGGCCCAGACAGCCCCGACGAAAACGCCAUCACCGAGCACCCCGACGAACUCCUCCAGGGCAGCUACUCCCCGGACAAGAAGCCGUACCCCGUGUACGUGAUCCCCUUCCCCGUCAACAUCGUGCCCAGCCCGUCAUCCUGCCCCUGCUACCUGGUCACGCCCGGCAAUGACACCUCCGCGCAGCCGCCCCCGCCGCCCCAGGCGCCGCCGCAGUACAACGGGCAGGCGGCGCAGCCCUACGGCAUCAUCGGCUACAUCCCCGUCGUGUUCUACCCGUACUGCCCCGGCAACGAGAGCAACCACGAGGCCAUCCAGCCCAUGUUCCCCUCGGCGCUCUCCGUGCCGUACCCCUGCAACCAGUGCGGCCAGCAGCAGUCCCAGCCGCCACCGCCGUCGCAGAGCGCGCGUGCCUACGCCGCGCAGCCGCAGCCGACGUACUACGGACAGAGGACCAACUACCAGCCCAGGGGCAUGGCCAGGGCGCGCCAGCAGCGCCAGGAGGCGCCGCAGAACACGUUCCAGCAGGUCAUGACGCAGGCCAACAUCGACAUGGGCGGCAUCGCGCGCGCCCCCCACCGGAGGAAGGUCGUCUACGGCCGGAGAAUCCGCUCCAAGAAGAGCCACAGGGAGGAGCAGCCCUAGCCCUGUAGACACUUACAUCCAACAAAAAAAAUUAUGUGAUUUAUAUGUGCCACUUAGGAGGGUUUUGUAAACCAAUACGCGUUACUCGUGUUUUUUUUACCACAACAAAAAAACUUGUAGUGUCAACGAUAUUUAAUAUUGUUACGGGGUUGUUGAUUGUAGUUUUAAGUUAUCAUUGCUCACAGUCAUUCAAAGUUACAAAAUCAUAUAAGCAUGCCUUUAACUUUUUUAUACCGUACAAUUGUUUUUUUGCAUUUUGUUGCAAUGCCUUUAUACAUAUAUUCGUGUUUUUGUUGACACACAUUUCGACGAAUAUGCCUAAAGUAUUUCUUCAUCUGCCGUUUCUUUUGAGUUGUGAACUGCCUGUAAGCUGUGCGUUUGUUUAAUUUAUACUAUAAAGCGGUGAACGGAAGAGGGGAACCAGAACUAUCAGUGAACAUUCUUAGGAUGUCAGUCACGUGACAUAUUCUCUCUGCAACACGCGACAGUGUUACUUUGGCUUUUAAAAGGCCAUCCUGCCUUUUGAAAGUUGAAUAUACACGUGUUUCAUUGUGAAUAUUUGAAUGCAGUGAAUAGUUCUUUACAACUCGAGCUCGUCCCUUAGUUGGAGGACUUUUGAAUUACUUUGGUUGCCUGCCAUUGUUACCUGGCGUGAAAUACGUAGUAAUGUUGAGUUCAAUUUCUAGAAAUCCUCACCAACUUUUGGAUGGCCGAGUCUGCAUAUUUAUUAAUCAGAAAGUCAAUAGCGUAGGAUAAACCUGACAGAUGAUAAUAAUAAUGUAAGUGAUAUGUACCGACGAUAAACAUGAUUGUGCUCAUAGAAAAUAUCGUUUCGAUUUAUAAUUUUUCAAAAAUAAAAAAUGUCAAAACCAUU